GGGCCCUGUAGAGGGCGCUGACACUGACUGGUGUCGGGUCGGACAACCUCGCCCGCGGCGGGACGGCGACUGGCGCAGUCGGCGCGGAUCCGCCGAGUGUGCGCGUUUGGAUAGGUCUUACGGCGGGGUACCACACGCGUCAGCACGUGAUCGGACUGUCGGUUGAACCAGUGACCCACCCGUCAAAGGAGGACUUGGCUGGAUUGUUGAUAGCUCGAACGAGGAGUGACUGUAGUCGACUUCUGACUUUCGGAGCAAUUGUGAGGAAAUACGCUUCAAAGCUGCUGCGAUGAUGUCCAGAGUAGUGUGGCUCCUGCUGGCGGCAGUCCUCUUAGAGGCAGCAGUCGCCUACCCGGAAGAUGAGUACAUCUUUGACGAGGAGGCCGAGGAGACGGUGUCGUCGCACGUGCCCAAGUUCACCAGCCAGCCGCUGGACCUGGCUGUGAAGGCUGGUGACACCGUCACCUUGCCCUGCCGGGUGGAUAAACUUGGUGACGCGGUGGUUGUCUGGAGGGCCGGUGACCAGACACUGUUCACCGGCGACUACAAGACGACCUCGGACAGCCGGUACAGCCUGCAGGAUCCGGGCCAGCUGGGAAACAGCCUGGUGAUAGCCGGAGUGGACCAGAAGGACAGUCCGGAGUACCAGUGUCAGAUCAGCUCCAGCACGCCGAUCAACCUCAAACACCACGUUAGGAUUCAGGUGCCUCCAACAAUCACUGUGCGGCCCGAGAGCCGUAUCAAAGUGGUGGAGGAGGGCAAUGAGGUGGUGCUAGAGUGUAUCGCCAGCGGCUUCCCCGUCCCCAUCGUCACCUGGACCAAGAAGGGUGAUCUGUUGCCGUACCAAGAAAAGAAACACACCGGUAAACGGCUGGUGAUCCCUGCUGUCAAGGGCGCUCACGUGGGCGACUACUUCUGCACGGCGGAGAACGGUGUCGGAGAUCCAGCCACCGAGCACAUCCGACUCGAGGUCAACUUUCCGCCUCAGGUGGAGGUGGACAAUGACAUCGUGUAUACCGGCGCUGGCCACGAGGCGGCCGUCGAGUGCAACGUUAAGGGACAGCCGCUGCCAGUGGUGUCGUGGUUCCGCGUCAAGGGUACGCCGCUGGACGGGCCGCACUACCAACAGUACCAGGAGGGGUACCGGUACGGCGUACGCAUCGCCAGCGUGCGCGAUGAAGACCUCGGCGUGUACAACUGCCAGGCGGAGAACGCCAUCGGCAAAGACACCGGCAUUGUGCACCUGACCGGCAAGCCGAAGCCGGUGAAGGUGCUGUCGGACCCGAACGGCAACGACAAGGAUAUGUUCAACAUUCGCUGGAGCGUCGAAAGCUACGCCGAGCCCAUCGAGUAUAAAAUCCUGUACCGGAAGAUUCAGGAGGCCGGCGAGCCGGAUCAGGACUGGAACGAGCUCGAGGUGGCGUACGUGGCCGCGCCGGGCCGGGCAGAAGACAGCAUCGUCUACAGCCAGAAGGCCAUGCUGAAGAGCCUGGAGUCGGCGGCGGUAUACCAGGCGAUUGUAACGGCGAGGAAUCAGUACGGCUGGAGUGAGGCCAGCGAUACGUUCCGCUUCUCCACGCUUGGCGCCAGCGGGAGCGUCGGCGGUGUCCGGGGCGGAGAGGCGCUGAUCUCAGAGAAGCCGAGCGGUAACUCUGCGCCCUCGUCUCUGCUGCGACCGGCGGGCGUCGGUCUGCUGAGUGCCCUGCUGGCCGCUGUCGUCGCGCUGCUUUGAGGGGUUGUCUGAUUUUUGCCGGGUCCAUCGGCUCACCAAUGCGACGAGAUUUUCCAGCAGCGCUGCUCCGACCACCGCCCACUGCAGCACGCGAUUGAUAGUUGGCCGACGCCUGACGCUAUCACUACACUGCAUGGUGAGAAAAAAGCCACGAAACAGCCAACGUCAACGGGACGGAUUAUUGCCUCUUCGAUAAAGUGGCGGCUGGAGCCAGAUGUAUGGUCUGGUACCGCGGCAGUAGCGAUAGUAGUAACGGUACUGUGAAGCUUCAGUACAUCCGAGUGGACUACAGGUGUCGCUACUGAGCUCGUCUGGAAACUAUCCUGAAGUGCACACCAGAAUGUCGAUGAACCUGAAGUCUGAUCUGAUCUGCAUCCUCGAACGGGCUUUGUAACGGGGCCUUGGCAAAGUGUGCUUGAGCUUGGUAGCUGCUAAUGUCAAUGGUGCAACCCCGGAUUUCACCUGGGGUCAGUCAGCCUGCGGAUCGCGGUGCUGAUGCGCGGUGCUCCGAGCUGGGUGCCUAAUGUCGGGCACUGUGUGUUUGUGAACGACUUGCUAAGCACAGGACUCGGCUUGGUGUAAAUGUACGCAAUGUGUUGUGUGUGUGUGGCUUGUGACGUACGCAAUUGCACGUGAGAUCAAGAAGCGUACAUUUGUACAUUUGUACAUUUGUGCAAACAGCCUUUGAGUUGUCUUAUUUGAUGACGUGUUUUGACUGAGAGCUGCAAUGUCUGCUCAUGAAAGUGUUCGCGAUUGUCACGCUGUAGACGUGUUUUGCAUGCGUUUCGUGUUAUCGUGCCUUUCCGUUUUAUAUUACCUUUCUGCAUAGCGUUGUUUGUCCAAGCUCCUUGCCAGCUAGCUGAAAGUCAAGCUGGCCAUUCACAUUCACAUCAAGAUGUUUUCCCAUUAAAGGUUUCGAUCUUAGUUUGCGCCAUUGACAUCCUCAUUUUGGGGCGAUUUUAAAAUAGCAUUUUUUUUAAACAGCGUGAUUGGACGUGUUUUCGUUGCCUCUCAGGACCAAUUUUCUACCGGACUUUCGGUGUCUUGGGCAUUUCGUUCGCAUAAGUUUCCUGGGCGCAAAACCCAAACUGGUUCAUACUUUCAUGUUUUCAAGCUGUGUGCAUAAAGUUAUAAUGUGUUUACAAUGAGUUGGAUAAGCUGAAUUAGGGUUUUUCGUGAUAUUUUUAUUAACCUUCUCUGUACUCUGGCUGCCAUUCGAUCAUUUUUGAACCAUGCGCGAUUAUACUUUUUCUCUGGUGAAUAGUCAGGCUGUAGUGAACGAGGCUGAUGCCCUCGUCUGCCCAUGCGAUGACCUUGCCACGUUCUCUCAGUGUGAUCGGUGUCCCCUCUCGUCAGUAUUGAGUGUAGGGGAGUGUCGAGCUCGAGAUGCCUUUCUAAACGGCACUGCCACUAAGGCAUCAAUGAUGUGUAACAGAACCACCAGUCUGUGGCAGGCUUCUUUUGAACUUCAGCAACUGCUUUUCUCUGCGUAUGGCGCAAUGUUUUCUUUUAUAAAAAAAAAAUAAACAGAAACAGAAACAAUACAUUUA